UGCGAGUCGACGAAGAAAAACGAAGAAGCGGCGCAGAGUCGGCGACGAAUACGACCCCAAAUUCCCACGACCUCACGCCGAGGAACGAGCGGCGCCAAUGCGAGUGAGGCGCCCGAGAGCAUCAUGAUACCCAACAUCAUCAACGAAACCCACAAAGCGAUCGGUGUCGGUGACAACAACUUCAUCUUGAGAGGUGGUGGACGCGUGGGCGUUGAGGUCGCGCAAUCAAUGUGGAGAUUGCGAGAGGGAAGAGACGCAAUCAAGUUCGAAGAUGAGGAGCAUCGACUUAAACUUGGUCGAGGAGGAGACUGCGGAGGGUAGAGUAACGAACGCGGAUGAAAGAGGAGGUCCUGUUGACGAGCAAUUGGCCAUCGGGGUGGAAAGGAGUGGCACAGGGACACGCCAGGAUAUGGCGCCACACAGAGAUAUGGAUUUUGUAAGCCCUUUGCUGCUGCACCUCGAAUGGGUCCCAUGGCGAUGGCGAUGUCCACGCUCCAGUCGUGUGCUGUGUUCGCGUUGGGUUCGUCUGCGAGGAUUGCAGCUGAGGGUUUGAGUGCCGGACGGAGAUGGUCGGGUAGGAGCGUUCCGAGGGCGCCUCUGGGAUUGAGCGCUCGCAAUUCGUUUGAAUUCUGCGGCGAAGAAGACGUGGUGAAUGGACGUGAGGGAGUUUUUGAUUUGGGUGCAUCGGAUAGGCAAGAGUCGCAAGGAUUGGCUGCAGUCGACCUGGAGAGGUCGAGAUGGGGGAGGAGAGAUUGUUUGUUGGCAAUGGCGAUGAGUGGCGUGCUGGUUUCGCCGGAACGUGCUCGUGCCGAUGAGACAGAAGCUGUGGAUGCUCCGAGUUUGGAGCUGUACGUCGAUGAGAAGGAAGGGUUCAAGUUGCUGCGGCCAGCACUUUGGAACAAGGUGGAAAAAGCGGGAGCGACCGUUCUGUUCGAAGACCCGGCAAAACGUGGGAACACCAUCGGCGUGGUAGUGAAUCCAGUUCGAAUCGCUUCACUCAAAGAUUUUGGUAAUCCGGACGUUGUUGCAGACAGACUCAUUGCAGCGGAACGCAAAAAGCCAAGCACAAACGAUGCACAGCUGGUGCGUGUCCUGGAGCGACAAGCUCAAGGCGACACCCCACUCUACAUUCUGGAGUACACUUUGGAUAGCACAAGGGGCCAGAAGAGAGUGCUCUCUGCCGUCACGGUGGCCUCCAAAAAGCUCUACAUCCUCAACAUCACUUAUGUAGACAGCCCAGCUGCACCAGCACCUGCAGCAUCGGCCGAGGCCUUCGAGCAGGUUCUGAAUUCCUUUGAUUUGUUAGCAUAGAGCCUCUCGUGUGCCGCAUGAUUCAUUUGUUAGUAUAUCUCUUCCACGUGUGGUGUGUUUUCUGAAGAGGAUUUUCAAGCUGUUUCUGCUCGAAGCUCCUGUCGGUGAACCUUCGAGAUAGAAUGUGUGUCUGAAUUGUCUUACGAGCUUCAUUUUCACACACACACACACUGCAGAGACAUCCAUUCAUUUAGGAAUCCAGGGAAUUGUCGCACAAUGUGAGUUUAAGCUCCUGCCGAGGCAACGUAUUGUGGCAGAUUAUCAAUCUAAACUUCAUUCUUACGGAGUAGCUAGAUUUGAUAAAUCGAUCACAUUCUUGAGGAAUUUUUAGGUAUGAUUUUUAAUGGCAUCUAAUAAAUACCCAUGAACUUUUAUCCA